CGGAGCAACCCGAAAAACUUUAAUUCGUCUGAACCACCUGUAAAGAGAGACGUACGGCUUUUGUCGUCCACUUUGUGCCGAAGCAGCUUUUUCUUUCUUUACACUUUUUUUUUUACCCUAAAGGAAAUCACUAUCUUGGAUCGAUGUUUCAUGCUCUCCCACAGAGUUCACAAGGGUGUGUGUGACCUCUCCCCCUCCCCCUCGCAACCUCUGAACCCCAAUCAGCCUUCUCCCCCUCCCCUCCCUGAGGCCAGACUGUGAUCCAUGGCGCUGGAGAAGCUUCUGCGUUUCGGGAAGCAGUUGCUGAGGGUGAAGGUGGUGGACUGUAACACAGAGGACUCCCGUCUGUCCCGAUGCCUCAACACCUUUGACCUGGUGGCCCUUGGCGUGGGCAGCACGCUUGGCGCUGGCGUCUAUGUGCUGGCCGGUGCUGUUGCACGAGAGAAUUCAGGUCCUGCGAUUGUGCUGUCUUUCCUGAUAGCAGCCUUAGCCUCGGUUUUGGCCGGUCUGUGCUAUGCUGAAUUUGGAGCUCGGGUCCCCAAGACAGGCUCAGCUUAUCUUUACUCCUAUGUGACUGUAGGGGAACUCUGGGCCUUCAUCACUGGAUGGAACCUCAUCCUCUCCUAUAUCAUUGGUACCUCCAGCGUGGCCCGAGCAUGGAGCGCUACCUUCGACGAGUUGGUAGGAAAGCGCAUAGAGCAGUUCUGCAGAGAGUACAUGUCCAUGAAUGCACCGGGUGUAUUGGCAAAGUACCCGGACAUGUUUGCUGUUGUCAUCAUAAUCACCCUAACAGGUCUCCUGGCAUUUGGGGUCAAAGAGUCGGCGAUGGUCAACAAGGUUUUCACGUGUAUCAACAUCCUCGUCUUGUUGUUCAUGGUGGUCUCUGGCCUGGUCAAAGGUACUCUGAAGAACUGGCAGCUGGACCCUGAGGAGAUCCUACAUGCCAAUUAUACCAGUAACUCCAGCCUCAAUCUGACAGACACCUUGCCAGCCAAAGAGAGUCUAGGAGUCGGCGGCUUCAUGCCGUUUGGAUUCACAGGCGUCUUGUCGGGAGCUGCUACCUGCUUCUAUGCCUUUGUCGGAUUUGACUGCAUUGCCACCACAGGUGAAGAGGUGAAGAACCCCCAGAGAGCCAUCCCUAUCGGCAUUGUAUCCUCGCUGCUCAUCUGCUUUGUAGCAUACUUUGGUGUUUCCGCUGCCCUUACCCUCAUGAUGCCUUACUACCUGCUGGACAGCAACAGCCCUCUGCCUGUGGCUUUUAAUUAUGUGGGCUGGGGAGGAGCCAAAUAUGCCGUAGCUGUAGGCUCUCUUUGUGCUCUGUCCACGAGCCUGCUGGGUGCUAUGUUCCCCAUGCCCCGUGUGAUCUGGGCUAUGGCCGACGAUGGGCUGCUUUUCAAGUUCAUGGCCGAGAUCAGCCCCCGCACCAAAACCCCGCUAACUGCAACCCUCACCUCUGGCGUAGGGGCAGCUAUCAUGGCAUUUCUGUUCGACCUGAAGGACCUGGUGGACCUGAUGUCAAUAGGGACGCUGCUGGCCUACACAUUAGUGGCUGCUUGUGUUCUGGUUCUGAGGUACCAGCCUGAGCAGCCCACUCUGAUGUAUCAGAUGGCCAAUACUCAGGAUGAGGGGGAGCUGGGUGACGGCAUCAGUGUCCCCAGUAUGGGCAUCCUGCCUGGUAUGGAGGAAACGCUCAGCCUCAAGACCCUCCUGUUCCCAGAUAACCCUGAGCCAUCUGCACUGUCCGGUUUCGCUGUCAACAUCUGUGCGUCUUUAAUGGGAACGUUGAUCCUGGCAUUCAGUGUUCUGGCAGUGCAGGGUGGUGCUGCUGUGUGGAACAUUGUAGCCCUCAGUGUCAUCUUCAUUGUGUGUCUCCUCCUCACCUUCAUCAUCUGGCGACAGCCUGAGAGCAAGACAAAACUUUCCUUCAAGGUUCCACUGCUGCCCUUCAUUCCAGUGAUCAGCAUGUUUGUAAAUGUUUACCUGAUGAUGCAGCUGGACAGAGGCACUUGGAUACGAUUUUCUGUCUGGAUGGCUAUAGGUUUUGUGAUCUACUUCUGCUACGGCAUUCAUCACAGCGCUGAGGCUGCUCUGGCUCGCUCGUCUCCAGACACAGAGAUGGACAGUUUCAAGGGCGACCACAAUUCAGAGGCCAUGUCGCCAGAGAAGGAGGCGUUCCUGCACAAUGAUAUAGAUGCCAGGGAUGAAGACGACGGAGAUUUGUAGGAUACAUUAGAACUUGCCACGCACAUUUCAGCCUCCUCUGAUGCCAGUCUGUUUGUGUAAGAGUAUUUCUGACUGGACGACUCCCAGUUCCUCACUGGCAGUACUCCCUUUUGGGGAAAGUAAUGAUAAAUGACUUUGACCUAAAAUUCACAAACCUGUGACUUUCCCCCUUGACUGCUGGGUAAAGACAGAAGUAGCGUCUUGGCGCUUCUUGAGUCAUAAUUGACAUGUUCUACUAUUUCGGUAUCUUGUAAAAAGCUUGUUACCCCUUUUGCUUGGCCUUGAGCCUCAACUGCUCAUUAUCGCUUUGCUGUCUGAGGUGGGGGGGGCGCUCACAUCAGAGACACGAAACAUCUCAGUGUUUCAGGGAGGUUAAGUUCAAGUUGGGGUUACAUUGCUGGCAGCAGGAGCAUAUGUACAUGUCUAACAGUUUUCAUACGGGGGGCAGAAAAUGCAUCGGUAAUCCAUUUUUUUGUCUCUGUGAAAACAUAACUACUGUAUAUAACUACAUAUUUCUGAAAAGCAGUAUUUAGCACAGACUGGUACAAUUAGCUACAUUCACUUAAACCUGUCAUCUGUUAUGUAACUGGUGUUGAAAUGCUGUUCUAACAGUCCCCCCCUGACAAAUGAGAGCUUGCACAAUACAGUGCAACAGGCUUGUCAGUGACAUAAUUACUCCUGUUAACCAGCAGAAAAGGCUGGUCAGGCCAUCGGCUGCACAUAGAGUUCAAGAAGGCCAGCAGGGAGCUGUAGCUUUUGGUUUCCAUGAUUUUAACUAAAUGCAAAAGAUGACAUUGAUGUCACCAAUCAUAAGCCUUGGAUGUGGUUGCAAAUGAUGACGCAGAAAUGUCUUUGACAAGACACUGAACAACACAUCCUGUCGGACAGUCCCUUACUCUCAAAUACAGAGAUUCAGAGGAAGAGAGUAAGUCUGAAGCUUGACAGGAACAUUUCAUAUUUCUUAAACUUAAACUAAGCUCUAUUAUUUGGGAUAUUAAAUACCCUCUUAGAAUAUAUGGAAUCUGCUUUGUGAAUCCUGUUGAGCUUGCCUGGGUCCAGACCUUCAACUCUGUCCUCUCCACCGCGUUGACUGUACCUCCGGUAUCAUGACAUGAAACAGCUGUUUCUCAGUUGAAAGGUAAUCGAUCUAGUGAGUUCCACGUGGGAAUAACGAUACGCCAAUCAGCGCAACAGGUGAGACUAAUGCUGACGCUGUCGUCAACCUGGGUCCCAGAACCAAUGAUGAGUAAUAGCAAUGGCAACUGCUAUAGACCAGAUAGAUGCUGCUGUUAAGGCUGUUCUAAAUCAAUAGGUCUUCUCAAUAUCGCCUGACAAUUACUUCACUUCGCUCCACUCUUAAACCCCUGACAAAACAAAUGUUAGCAUGGCUACACAUCACUGUGGACUUAAAAUGACAUCAGAUUGAGGAAACAUUGGUCUCUAAUGGUUAGCAUGUAACAAGCUGACAAUUCUGUCUGAUAUCAGACAAAUGUUGAGCAUCAGGUAAAGACAUUGACAGUUCCUGAACAUCAGUUAAUGUCUCUUGUCAUUAGAUGAUACUGGAUUUUCACAGUGCUGGCUGCUGUGUGUUUUUGCAUCUGUUGACACUGGCAUUGUGACAUUUAGCUUGUCUUUCAAAAAAAAAAAAUACUGGCCUUUUUUGUUUCUUAAAAUGAUGAGUUUGGAAGAAUGUAUUUGUUCUCAGUUUAUUUUAGGCUUUUUCUCAUGUUUAUAAAUGUCUUUUUAUCACCCACUUCCUAAAACAUGGUCAUUUCCAAAGUGCUUUUCAGGUUGUGAAUCUGAUUCAACUUGAUAUUUACAAGUAAAAACCUAUAAAGAAUUUGAUCAGGUAAAAUUCACCACACUUGUACGUAAAUUUACAUACAUUUUUUUUGUUUGUUGUCAUUAAAAUAUCUCGUGCUUUUAGGUAUGUUUCCUCUUUUCAUCAACAUAAAAAAGGGCUUCAUUGAUUUAGCAUUGUACUCAUAGCAUUCUUCAUCCUUUUCAAAACCUUGCGCCCACAAUGCAACUCAACCUCCACCACAUCAGUUGGAAACUGCUUGCGUCAAAUAGAGACGAGCUACAGACGUCUGCUAGUCUCAUUUCUUUCUAACUCAGCACCCAUUUUUUAUAGUUUUCAUUUUCAAACUAAUCCUGACACCCAACAGAUUUUCAUCACUUAAUCACAUAUAUAAAUCUUAUCAUAAUUUAAAUGCAACACAAUCAACACUUAUAUAAUGUGGCCAUUAGAUUGGACCUUUAAGUGCAUCGCUGUAGGUUUUGGAGUCCUUUACCACAAAGUAGCCGUCUUUGAGUAGACUCAUGUAUAAUCAUGAUUGUGUAUAUAAGAUAUUGUUUAUAUUUCUCACAGUAAAUUAUUUGUAAAUUGGAGAAAAGGCUUAUAUUAUGUUGCCCUGUUUGUAUCUGACAGUGUGUUCCUUGUAUUGUGUUUACAUGAUCAGUGCAACUGAAUCCUCAGGGUUGGCAAAAUUCAAAAAUCACCUUCUGUUCUCAUGACUUUAACCAUUAAUGCCUUAUUGAUGACAAGGUGCAGCAACAAAACCAGUGGUGGAAAGUUAUUUAGUACAUUUACCUAAGCACUGUACCUAGGUACAAAAUCAAGGUACUUGCACUUCUAUAGUACUAGUAUAUCUGUGUAAUGAAAUUUUAUAGUUCUACACCACUACAUCACAUCUCAAAGGCAAAUAUUGUGUGUUUUUACUCCACUAAAUUUGAUCGACAGAUUUAGUUAUUUUUCAGAUUGCAGUUCUUUAUACCCUUCAUCUUGUGAAACCCAUGUAUCUCCAUAAUUGGUGAUUUUAUAAUAAUUAUUAUUUCCAUGCCUCUGCGCCAGAGACAUUAUGUUUUUGGGUCGUCUGUUGUCCCUCCAUCCAUCGUAGUCCAUUCUCAGUCCCAUUCUCUUGAAUGCAGUAGUUCAAGAAUGCCAUUACAGAAUUUCUUCAAAUUUGCCACAAAUGUCUGGUUGGACUCCCCAAAGACUAACUGAACAGAUUUUAGUAGUCAAAGGUCCAGGUCCCUGUGACCUUGCAUUUCUCUCAUUCUCGUAAACGUGAUAUUUCAAGGAGGCCUUAAGGGAAUUUAAUUUCUUCAAAUUUGGCACUGACAUCAACUGGACUCAAGAAUUAAUUGAUUAGAUUUUGGUGGUCAUAGGUCAGGGUGACAUUUAUACUGUUACUGCACCUUGACCGCUUUGCAGAGGCUUACAACUGCACGGUGGUGAUUAAUUAUUUAAUUACAAAUACGCGGUUUCACAGAUGGUCAAAGCACAUUAAAAAUCCUGUUUCUUAUAUUAUAUGAUUCAAAGAAAUCUGCAUACGCACAGUGUAACACAACAAUACACCAACAAUUCAACUGAUGUUGUAACUUAUAGUUUCCUUCAUAGUUGUGAAUAUACAAAGGGAUCUGUGUCUGUUUAAAAACCUGUCCUCUGGCAUAAUUAGUACUUGUCUUUUGUUCAUAUCAUGCCAAACCUCAGUGUUUACUUCUGAAAUAAAUGCUACACAUUCAUAAAUAGA